AUGACUAAUCACGUUUUCUCCCUCCGUUUUAGGGAUAUGUUGAACUUGAACAAGCUCGAUUUCUUCGCUCUAGAAGUCUCUGGAAGAAACUAUCUGAAAUGGGUUCAAGACGUGAUGCUCCAUCUCACUACAAAGGGCAUUAGAGCCACCAUCAAGGCACCUAUCGCCGACAAACCUGUUGACAAAGCUCAGAAGGUUAUUGCAAUGAUCUUCAUUCGAAGACACAUUUAUGAUGCACUGCAGAUUGAGUAUCUCGCUGAGGAGGACCCAUGCACCCUCUGGCUUGCUCUGGCCGAUCGUUUUGAUAACCAGAAAAAUAUAUACUUGCCUGAAGCACGACACGACUGGCAACAUCUUCGCUUCCAAGACUUUAAGUCCGUGAAUGAAUACAACUUUGAACAACAAUAUCGGGCACAGAAAUUCACCAAGUUCUCUGAUUUGAUCUCUGUUUUAUUUCUUGCUGAAAAGUAG